UCGCACACCUUUCAGCUGCCCGCUCCCCGGACACGCCUGCAGCCCUGCCCAGACGGCCCUGCUCACCCACCGGUGACUGCUUUAAGAAGGUCCUCCCAAGGUCACCGUGGCCGUCCCCCUGCCUCCAGGCAGCCUGCUUUCUUUCUUCCAAGCUGACUGACAGGAUGCUUGUAAAUGCCCCAGACAUGAGCCAGCCCAGGCCCCGCUACGUGGUGGACAGAGAUGCAUACUCUCUCACCCUCUUUGAUGACGAGUUUGAGAAGAAGGACCGGACGUACCCACUGGGAGAGAAACUCAGCAACACUUUCAGAUGUUCCUCAGCCAAGAUCAAAACCACAGUGUUCGGGCUGCUCCCCAUUCUCUCUUGGCUCCCCAAGUACAAGAUCAAAGACUACAUCGUCCCCGACCUUCUUGGCGGCCUCAGCGGUGGAUGCAUCCAGGUCCCACAAGGCAUGGCAUUCGCUCUCCUGGCCAACCUUCCUGCAGUCAACGGCCUCUACUCCUCUUUCUUCCCCCUCCUGACCUACUUCUUCCUGGGGGGUAUCCACCAGAUGGUGCCAGGUACCUUUGCCGUUAUCAGCAUCCUGGUGGGUAACAUCUGUCUGCAGCUGGCCCCAGAGUCGAAAUUCCGGGUCUUCAACAAUGCCACCAAUGAAAGCUAUGUGGACACAGGGGCCAUGGAGGCCGAAAGGCUGCACGUGUCAGCAACGCUAGCCUGCCUGACGGCCGUCAUCCAGAUGGGCCUGGGCUUCAUGCAGUUUGGCUUUGUGGCCAUCUACCUCUCUGAGUCCUUCAUCCGGGGCUUCAUGACGGCCGCUGGCCUGCAGAUCCUGAUCUCCGUGCUCAAGUAUAUCUUCGGACUGACCGUCCCCUCCUACGCAGGCCCAGGGUCCAUCGUCUUUACCUUCAUUGACAUUUGCAAAAACCUCGCUCACACCAACAUCGCCUCGCUCAUCUUCGCUCUCAUCAGCGGUGUGGUCCUGGUGCUGGUGAAGGAGCUCAACGCCCGCUACAUGCACAGGAUCCGUUUCCCCAUCCCAACAGAGAUGAUUGUGGUAGUGGUGGCAACAGCUAUCUCCGGGAGCUACAAGAUGCCCAAAAAGUACCACAUGCAGAUCGUGGGAGAGAUCCAACCUGGUUUCCCCACUCCCGUGUCGCCUGUGGUUUCGCAGUGGAAGGACAUGCUUGGCACGGCCUUCUCCCUGGCCAUCGUGGGCUACGUCAUCAACCUGGCCAUGGGCCGGACCCUGGCCAACAAGCACGGCUAUGAUGUGGACGCUAACCAGGAGAUGAUCGCCCUGGGCUGCAGCAACUUCUUCGGCUCCUUCUUUAAGAUCCAUGUCAUUUGCUGUGCCCUCUCUGUCACUCUGGCCGUGGACGGAGCUGGAGGAAAGUCCCAGGUGUCAAGUCUGUGUGUGUCCCUGGUGGUGAUGGUCACCAUGCUGGUCCUGGGAUCCUAUCUCUACGCUCUCCCCAAGUCUGUGCUAGGGGCCCUGAUUGCUGUCAACCUCAAGAAUUCUCUCAAGCAACUCGCUGAUCCCUACUACCUGUGGAAGAAGAGCAAGCUGGACUGCUGCAUCUGGGUGGUGAGCUUCCUCUCCGCCUUUUUCCUGAGCCUGCCCUACGGUGUGGCGGUGGGGGUCGCCUUCUCCGCCCUGGUUGUGGUCUUCCAGACCCAGUUUCGUAAUGGCUCUGCUUUGGCCCAAGUCAUGGACACUGACAUUUACGUGAAUCCCAAGACCUACAAUAGGGUCCAAGAAAUCCAAGGUAUAAAGAUCGUCACUUACUGCUCUCCUCUCUACUUCGCCAACUCAGAGAUCUUCAGGCAAAAAGUCAUUGCCAAGACAGGUGUGGACCCCCAGAAAGUGUUGCUGGCCAAGCAAAAGCACCUCAAGAAGCAGGAGAAGGGGAGAACGAUGCCCAAGCAACAGAGGAAGUCUCUGUUCAUGAAAACCAAGACUGUCUCCCUGCAGGAGCUCCAGCAGGAUUUUGAGAACGGCUCCCCGACUGACCCCAACAACAACCAGACGCCUGCUAAUGGCGCCAGUGUGUCCUACAUCACCUUCAGCCCUGACAGCUCCACCGCUGCCCACUGCGAGCCCCCAGCCUCUGCUAAGCCCAGUGACAUGCUGGCCAGUGUCCCACCCUUUGUCACCUUGCACACCCUCGUCCUCGACAUGAGUGGGGUCAGCUUUGUGGAUCUGAUGGGCAUCAAAGCCCUGGCCAAGCUGAGCUCCACCUAUGAGAAGAUCGGGGUGACUGUCUUCUUGGCGAACAUUCACGCCCAGGUGUACAAUGACAUCAGCCAGGGAGGCCUCUUUGAAGACGGGUGUCUAGAGCGCAGUCACGUCUUUCCCAGCAUACACGACGCGGUCCUUUUUGCCCAGGCACAGGCCAGGGAAGUGGCCCCAGGACACGACUUCCAAGGGGCGCCCGUGGACCCUGAGCUUUCUCUGUACGAGCCGGAGGAGGACAGCCCCAGCUACUGGGAUUUAGAGCAGGAGAUGUUCGGAAGCAUGUUUCAUGCAGAGACCCUGACUGCCCUGUGAGGGCCCAGGCCGCCUCCAGAGCCUCUCGGACCCCGUGAAGGAUGAGCCUGGGAUCGCCGGGAGUGGAGAGCUGAGAACACCUCCGCCGGAACUCGGGUGCCUCUGCGUCCUCCUCGUCUCUCACUCUGAGGUCCCCCCAGGCACCUCCAGAGCUAGCCGGUCUCAGCAGCAGGCAGAGACACCUCUUCACGCUCCUACUGACCCGCAGGGCCCCAACCCGCAAUGAGCAUGCCUCCUGCUGGCUGCUCUGCACCCGCCUACACCCUGCCUGUGGCAGCUGAGGGGACCCUUGACUGCCAGGCUUCAAGACUGACUCAGGAACGGAGGGAAAGCUCGUGCUGACGUAGCGUGCAAGCUUCGAGAAUGCCCCGAGACCGGCACGCCUCGGUGUCAGGCUGUCACAGGACACAGGGACAAACUGGCCCAUGACUCUGUGGCUCAUCCCCUCCCACUGCCCCAAGUCUAUCCCAGCAGCUCUGUACUCCUGGGUCCAUGGGCUCCAGCCACCCAGGAAUCUCCGUCUUGGCGACUAUGCCCCCUUCCUCCUCCUCUCAAGGCUGCUGAGACCCCCACUGCUAUUUGGCACAUCAAACUCUAGCCUGGGGAGCGGCCACCAGAACUACCUCCCCAGGGGCAGCCUCCUGAAACGUUUUCACUCCCCCUGCCCUCGAGGGCUGCUCCCCUCUACUUGAGACCAGGUAGAAACCCAGGAGGAACAGGGGAUAGCUGGCAGAAUCCUCUGGCAGCCUAGCAACAGAUACCAGUUACUCCGCACAAAAGCUUUGGGCAGUCCCUGCUCUGGAGACAUGGAGGGAAAGGAUGCUCCAUCAGUCCAGGGCCAACUGGUGGGCCCAAGCCCUGACAGACCCCCGACCUUAGAAACGCCUCCCCCACUGGAGAAGAAGUCUGCCUGUCCUCUUCUCUGGCAAAGCGCCGAUGGUUUUAAACCCCCCUUCUCAGCUUGAGGCCUGAGUGGUUCAGUCAUGUGAGGGAAAAUGACUCCAAGAUCAUAUCCCAACUGGGUGCCCGGUGCGGAGAAGGGCUGAUGCAGACUGAGUCUUCCCCCACAGGGAUCCCGUGACAAAUUCAGGAUCUGAGGCCACUUCCUUCUAGGAAAGAUGAGAAGAAGGGUUAAGUUCUCCGUAUUUAUAAAAAAACAUAGAAGAAACCCACUAUUGACUUGCAAAUAAAUAGGUUCCAUGUGCAGGUGUUUUGGGAAAUUUUCCAUGGAAGAGCAGAGAAAACACCUUGGCCUCUGCCCACUGUGUCUCCUGAGCUCCUUCAAUGAAUGAUCCCUGCCCAAAGGGUUGGGCUGGCCCAGCCUGGAAAAACGUCGAAUUCCUAAUUUCAGCCUGACCUACAGUGUCUGUUAAGUGUGAGCUGGUCAGCGAGCAAGUCUUUACAGAGUUAAAGGAGGGGGUGCUGGUGAAGAGCCAACAGAUUCUUGGCCUACAAGCACUGCUUCUCUGUGAAUUCAUUAUGCCAUCUGGCUGCCAAUGGAACUCAAAACUUGGAAGGCAGAGGCCAAUGUUAUCUGGGAUUCACUGUGCCCAGCACCCGAAGUGCCAAAUUUCGAGAGGACAAGAACCGUGGCCAAUGAAAAGUCAACCUCCCCUGCUCCACCUCCAGCAAAGUCCAGCUCAGGCCCAAGAGGUGGGGGAAAGAUCACAGAGUCUCAGGACAUCCCAAGUCACAGGUGCCUUGGGAACCAAGUGUCUAGAACCCUUGAGGACUUGCUGAAGUGACCGCAAACCCCCAGGCCAGCCCCAGACCUAAAGGGGAUUGCUGGCGCACAGUGGCCUCGAGUGGGGGCUCCGGGAGGGGUCCUGCACCACGUCCAAGAGUGUAAGUACUACCCGAGUCCACGGCGGAGGUAAGGUGGGAAACACCUGGGGUGCAGAGAGACAGCUAGAAGAGAACUCACUGCUGGAAUGCCUUGGCGAGAACACAAGCUCACACAGACCACUUACCGAACGUGCCUGAGGCAGGGAAGGAGGGAAGGUAGUGAAAGCAUCCAGGAUUUCAAAACUUCUGAAUGUUCUUAGGGAUACUGAUGUGGUUCCCGGGAACCAGGACUCUUGAGAUAUUUGUGUAAUUUAUUUAAUUUAAACGCCAUUCUCCUUUUGUUCAUUUUGCUAAUAAAGUGGUUUUGAAAUGUGAA